GCCAUGAAUGAUGGGACAGGGAUGAAAAUGAAAAUUUUAGGUAGGGAUGGGGAUGAGAAUGAAGGGACCUACAUCCGCAUCCACCCCGCCCAUUCACAUCCCUACUCUGUCUCUCCGUUCCCUUUCAAUAGACGACUCACGAACACUUUACCUAAUCAGCGCUUCCUUUCUCUCUCCUCUCCCAAGACUUCCAAUAUGUGGUCCCACAUCUUCUCUCCCUUUACUUUCUCUCUCCUCUGCGACUGACUAAACAAGAAAAGAAGACAAGAAUGCACGAGUGUUCCGUUUAAACAAGAUAAUAAAGAACAACAAUUCUCUUAAGAUUAUGGAUAUGGAGUUGGAUGAUUCGUUGAUUGCAGAAAAAAUCAAAGAAGAAAAGGAUCUUUUGAUGACUGAUAUUGCGGUGUUGAAUGCUGUGAAAACCUCCACAUUAGGGUCCAAUGAAUCAGUUGAUCAUAAUGGUUGUGCUUUCGACUUAUCAUUUCAGGAUGAUGCCCUUGACAAUGUGGAUGAUUAUUUGGAUGAUUAUGCGGAUGAUGAUGAUGAUGAUGUUUAUUCUGACUAUGGUGAUAACGAUGAGUAUAUUUGUGAGGAGGAUGAUGAACUUUUGAAGUUGCAAGCUCAAUUUGACAAUGCAGACUUACCCCCUGGAGUUGAAGCAUCAGUUCCCUGGUUGCAAGAUCCUUCUCCAAGUAAGAAGCGUUCUCCUGCUGGAACAUCAACUUCAACUUCAACUUCCUCCGUCCAUGAAGGGACAGCUUCCGCAUCUAGUAGUUCAAAAGCAGAGUCAAAUUCGACUGUUAAAAAGGAAGAAGAGAUGGAUGAGGUCUUGAGAAAGUUAAUGUACUUCAAACAAUUUGACACAGUCGCUGAUUGUUCCGAUCAUCAUUUCCUUGACAUGGUAUCUUCAGGCAGAAAGCCUUCAAAAGAUUGGGUAAAGAAAAUUCAGGAUGAGUGGAAAAUUCUGGAGCAGAACUUACCAGAAACAAUAUAUGUUAGAGUUUAUGAAUCACGGAUGGACCUUUUGAGGGCUGUCAUUAUAGGACCAUCAGGUACUCCAUAUCAUGAUGGGCUUUUUGUCUUUGAUGCUGUGUUUCCGCCUUCGUAUCCAAAUGAACCACCGAUGGUCCAUUAUCAUUCAAGUGGAUUCCGACUAAAUCCGAACCUGUAUGAAUGUGGAAAAGUCUGCUUGAGCCUGUUGAAUACUUGGACUGGUGGACGAAAUGAGAUGUGGGUUCCAAAUAAGUCAACAAUGCUUCAAGUUUUGGUCUCUAUUCAAGCUUUAAUUCUGAACACGGAUCCCUUUUUUAAUGAACCUGGUUACGAGAAGACAUUCACAGGGUCUGAGGGGAGGAAAAAAUCCAAGGAGUACAGUGAAGAUAUUUUUAUUAAAUCCUUGAAAAAGAUGAUGUACACGCUUAGGAAUCCCCCUCAGCAUUUCGAGGAUCUGGUAGCUGGACAUUUUCGUGUUCGUGCUCAUGAUAUCAUGACAGCAUGCAAGGCAUACGUUGAUGGUGCUGAGUUAGGGUGUGAUGUUAAGAAAUGGCUUCGAGAAGGCGACAAAGCUUUGAAGACUAGCUCGCCAAAUUUCAAAGCCGAGGUUGCCAAAAUAAUGAGACCGCUCCUCAAAUAUUUCAUCUAUAAUGGGUCCAAGGAGUGUGAGAAGUUUCAGAACUGAUGCAUUAUUCUUAUAUUAGAUACUUUUGAUUGCACAGCAAGUACUGACAUAACUCUCUAAAAUUUUAUGAGUAGGACCUAAAAUACAAUUAGUUGUGCAGAUUUUGACAGAAUUGUAGGGCGACUACUAUGCAGUUUUCUAGGACGAAUCAACAUCCCGUUUCACUUUUACGGUGAAGUGAAUGUUUAGAGCAAAGUUAUUCUUUUUGCUCUAGAUAAAUAUCAUUUGAUCUGGUGUUGUCUGGAUAUAUUAACAUAUACGGAGUACUCCGUACUUGGUAUGAAGUAGAAGUCUUGAAGAA